AUGCACACAUACGUGCGAGACAACCCUGUUUUCCUUGCCUCUGAGAAUGAAGCCCGCGCGGAGUUUACCGAGCUCCGCUGGCAAGUUAUGUCGCUAUCUGAAAUGGUCUCCGAAUUGACAAGUUAUGUCGUUAUCUGAAUCAGUGAGCAUCUGAAUGUGUUUUGAAUUUUAAGGUUGCGCUGUCCGAAUGUCUACCAUGCAUUUGAAACUACGUCUAAUCUAUCACUUCAGUGGCUGCACCCCCGUGAGUGUGUGUGUGUGUGUGUGUGAGAGAGAGAGAGAGAGAGAGAGGCAGAGAGAUGCCGGAACUUCUUGUCUCAGAGGAUGAGUCUAUCAAGCUUGAACAACUAUUAACGAGUAAUCCAAAUGUGGGGGGAUUUGGUCAGGGAGAUGCCGAGAUAGUACUUCAAGAUCCGUUACGCAGCAUCUGUUGUUCUGGCACAAAUAUUUUUAAUCUAAGGUUUGCUCCUGUUGUAGAAACAAUUCUAUCUGUUCCCGAAUAGCCUCUUUCAAAAGGGCUUCUGCUUCCUGGGUGAAUGUCUUGGUGGAAGAUAUAAUUUCUUUGAACUCAGUUUUAUUCUUUUUUAAGUAGGUACGCAACUGAACCAGAAAUUUCCUUACCUGUCCAAUUUCUAACGAAAUGGAAGAAUUUCAUAAGUUUCCAAAAAUUGAAGAUACAGAUCAAGAAAUCGAAUUUAAAUCAUUUUUGGAAACAUAUCAAUUGGCAGAACCCUUGAUAAAAGAAAGAGAUGCUGGGUAUGAAUCACUCACAUAUUCUUCUGAAUUAUAUGUACUUGCGGGAUUAGUUUGGAAAACCAAUAGAGAUAUGAAAGAACAAACAGUAUUUAUUGGAAACAUUCCUCUGAUGAAUGGAACUUACAGUAUUCCCUGGGAACCUUUAUAGUAAAUGAAACUUACAAAAUUGUAAUUAAUCAAAUAUUGCAAAGUUCCGGUAUUUAAUACCAUUCCGAAUUGGACCAUAACGGAAUUUCGGUCUAUAUCAGCACCAUAAAUUGGUCGGCGAAAUAUCAACCCAAGAUUGAAUCUUGACGUACCUCAGAACAAUACAUUUUUGUUACCACGAGAUGUAUUAGCUGCUGCAGAUCAUUUGAUCGGAAUGAAAUUUGGAAUGGGCACACUUGAUGAUAUGAACCACUUGAAAAAUAAACGUACUCGUUCUGUAGCAGAUCAGUUGCAGGAUCUAUUCGGACUGGCUCUUGAGAUUGGUUAAAUAACAGGCAAUCCGAAACUUCCUUGAAUGAUAUUCAAGAGAAGAACGUUCUAGAAAAAUUCAUAGAAUUAGAAGAACUUUUUCUGUUGAACGAAAUGAUAAAGGAACACCCCGAAACACAUCUACAAAACCUUCGUAUAGGAAUACACAAAGAAACAGUACAAUUGGUCAAAAUACAUAAUGAAUAUAAUUUACAUAGUAUUUUGAAAUUCUUGCCGAUACAGCACAUAAAAUAAAUAAAAUAACUAAAUUAACCAAAUUUUGCUGAUGUAGAGGGCAAUCAAGAAAGCGGCAUAAGUGAAUAUAUAACCUACAGAAAAAUGGGCCAAUCCAACCAAUCUUGCUUGCACAAUGGAAAGGGCAUCCACUUUAAAUUUUAAGGAGAAGGUUGGAAAACAUAUUUAUUCUGAAUCAGAAGGAGAAGCACUGGAGUACCGAUAUCUACCAUGCAUCUGAGUAUACUUAUGGUAAUGUGCAUCUAUUACCAAAAACAAGUCAUUUAUGGAUAAUAGCAGUAGGUACGUGCAGAUACAGAAAGAUGCCCCUCUUUGUCUUGAGUUAUGCGGUUCUACCUCCUGUGAUAAGCAGAGAUCCAGAAGAAAGAACGGCGUGUAGGGAAGCUUGUACUGAUUAUGUUUUUCCUUGUACGUGAGGAGCACAAGACAUCGUCCCUGAUUCCCACAGGAGGGUAAAAACUUCUAAUCGAAUUUCCAUGAAAUCAUUUCCAUUUCAGCAGAUUUCCUUGUACGUGAGGAGCCAAUUAGCAGGUUGUGAUGGGAAAUUAAUUAACAGGAGAAGGGGCGAGGGAGAUGACUUCUGUUUGUUCAUAUGUGACAGCACCGAAGUAACAGUGAUAAAAAAAUGAAUUCUUUACCCCGGAGAAAACCCACAUACAAGAAGGGUGGGAAUCUCCCCUGUUAGUCUAUUUUCUCAGAACAAUCGCCAGCAUUGUGGCAACCAUUGCGGUUCUCGGAAGCUGGGGAGGGGCUCGGUUCUGGCUCUGCCGAUGCUGAGAUUAGGCUGGAAUAUCUCUUGAUCCUCAGGGAGAUGAGGAUGCUGGAGAUGAUGCCCAGCGCGGGGAACAUGUACGAGGAGAGAUGGGAUCUUGUGGAUCCAGCAGCAGAUGCCAUGGCAGCGCCUGCUAGGCUGCCGAUGGAUGUGUUCUGCAGGAUCAUCGGCAGGCAGCCGAUGGCAGUUGGCAGGAGGAAGUCCACGAGGAAGCUCACCUCCGUGGCAGCCAGGCUGUAGUUGAUCACGUACGAGGGCAGGGGGGAGAACCUCGCCAGAAGGACGAACCUCCAGCCAUCGUGCUCGACUCCUCGAACCAGGAGGUGAAAGUACUUGUUCCUGCGAACCCACUCCAUUGCCGAUUUAGAGUUCCUGAAGAUCACCCUGAACACCACAGAGGAUCAUCAGAAUUUGAUUAGAACGAGCAGCAAAACCCAAUUCACCAAACCAUACUGUACUAAACUAAACUGGGCUAGUGUUGCAGAAGUCGUUUGUUGGGUUGCAAUCAAAUGUAAAUAUGCAUGCUCCGUGGAGUUGGCCGCAUCAGAAACAACAUACGCAUAGGUAGAAAAAAAUGCUCCCUGUUGCACAGCUACUUUUCGGUUCAUAUGGUCCCUCCCUAGUUUGAGGAUCUCCCCCGUGCAAGGGGUGUUCACCCGCCCUUUUGUUUCUCCUGAAUCUCGGGAAAGUUAAUAGUUCUUCAAUUAGAUUAAGGGUUUAGAGAUGGUAAGCUUUGGGGGCUGCUACCGGUUCUUCCUCGACUUCCUCCCAGGUGAGAUCCUCAUCAUGUUCCUCGUUUGAUUAGAUCCAUAGUUUUCUCUCCGUCCAAACGAGAGGAAAUGUUCGUUCUUCUCUGA